UUUUCUUCCAGUGGAGUUAUAGGAAGCGGAGUUUGUAUCUUCUCAAGAAGUUGUAUUAUUGAUACAGGAAGCCAUGCCUUUAGUCUUAAUGGAUAUGCUCACAAGAUACAACAUGGUGAUUGGUUUGGUGGCAAGGUUGUGGGUUUGUGCAAAGUGCUGCAUCGAGGGAUUCGUAUAAAUCUGUAUGUCACACAUUUACAUGCUGAGUACAAUAAACUACAUGACCAGUAUUUGGCCCAUCGAAUUGCCCAAUCUUUUGAGUUUAGCCAGUUUGUCCAGCUGACCAGUGAAACUGCUGAUUUGGCCAUUAUGGCUGGAGACUUUAAUACUGAACCUGAAGAUCUUCCAUAUCGAAUUAUUCUUAACAACACUGGUUCUCAAGACACAUUUUUAAUGCAACCUACUAUUAGUCAGGAUUCCAAAGGCAGUGGUGCAACUUGUGGUCACCCAAGGAAUACUUACACAACUAAACAGGAAUUAUUUGAUGCUCCACAGGGCAUACGGAUUGACUAUGUUUUUCUUAAACACGGGAAAGGUGUAAAAACUGAAUGUUUCUCAUGUGAAACACCUCUGGAAAAGAUUCCUAAUGGAACAGUUUCUUACUCUGAUCAUGAAGCUGUGGUUGUAAAACUACUUGUCACUAAAUCAGCUUACUUUGAGGAGCCUGCAAUGAAUAACUCUGCUCGAUUCACUGUACUAGAAGAAGCUGGCCACCUUCUUAAUGCUAGUCUUGUAUGUCUCAGGAAAAAUAGAAUAUUUUACUUCAUGUUGUCUUGUUUAUUGUUAUCUUUACUAUUGCUCAGUACUCCUUUCAACCUUCCUUAUGGACUGAAUGCAUUCAUGAUCUUUUCAAGAAUAGUGCUUUCCAUAGGUUUAGGAUUUUGUCUUUGGAUGUGCAGCGUGAUGAAUAAUAUAGAGCAAAAGGCUCUUCUAGGUGCAUGUAAUGGUAUACAGGUGCUCCUAGCCUCACUAAAAGAGGAUCGUGGAAUUGAGUUUCAAGAAUCUGACCAAGUAUCAAGCUGAAUCUAGCUAACUGUAUACUUGGCUUCUUAAUUUUUAAGCUUACUGAUUCGUUAAAUAUAUACACUCAUGAUUAAAAAGAAUAAGUGCAACCAUCAGUUUUCAUUCCAGAUUUACUCUUAAUAUCAAACUAUAUAUUAAUUUUAAAAUCAGUGCAGAAGGAAUUUUGGCAGAAUGUUUCUGUUUGGUAUAUCCAACAGUUAGUAUAUUGAUUUUUGGGUGGCACUUAAUACAUAAACACGGGGUGCUAUUAUAUUUAUAAAUGUUAUGUAUAAGUUUUAAAGACGUUGGAAAUUACAUAGACAAUUACAAUUAGAGUGUCAAGUGCUCUUAGUUCACCUCCCUUUUUCUUCAUUCCUUAUUUUAUUACCAAUAUCUUGUAUUUAACAGUAUUGAGUCUGUAAUUUUCUUUUUAUGAUGUGAAAGUUGUAUACCUCUGCCUUACAGGAACAAGGUUCUAUUUUUCAAAUUAAGGCAGAUGCUUUAACUUCAAGGAAACUUUGCUACUUCCCUCCUGUAGACUUGUUGAGCUAGUGCUAUUCUGAAACCCUUAAAACUGGGAUGAAAUAACCCCACAAAAAAUCUGUUAACACCCUGACUUUAUUUUCUUAUGUUUUGUUUCAUAAAUGGUUAUUCAUAAAAAUAAGCACUAUUUGAAAAGAAAAACAGUUGUCAUUAAAAAAAAUUAUUUGCAUUAAUUAGGUAAUAUGAACACAGUAUUUUGUAUGCAUGUAAAUUAUAUUUUUAUUAAGUGUAAACUUAAAGAAUAAUUUAGUUCCUUAUUUUCUCAAAGUUUCUUUUGUGGUUAACACAUGAAACCUCACUGUUGAAAAGGGCUUAGCAUUAUCUAUAUUCUUAUUGUCCAUUCAACUAAGGAAGUUGUUAGUAGUUUGCGGUAUUGUAGUUUAUAUGAUAUCAAUAACAAAAACUUUAAUUUUCCAUAUGAACUUAAAAGUGAAAAGUUAUUUCAGCAAAGGAAAUUUUGAAUGUUUUAUAUAGAAUUCACUAUUUAAAAGAAAUUGUAGCUCUUACAAUAUAUUUUAA